GCAUUCUUGGUAACAGUACAGUUCUCUUACGAGUGAGUUCUAGUAGCAACAGCUAGUAGCACUUUUGAGAUUCCGAGUUCAGGACUAAAGGACUUUUUCGAUUAAAAAAUGAAGGCAUUCAUCGUACUUUCAGCGCUUUUGGCAAUCGCUGCCGCUAAACCAGCGGGUCUAGUCCUGCCACUUGCUCCUGUCGCCUAUCCCUACGUAGCAGCUCCAGCCGCUGCUCUUACCACAAAAUAUCAUUCGCAGGAUGCUCUAGGACAAUACGCUUAUGGAUACAAUGAUGGAUUAUCGGCGAAACAGGAAGUAAAAACCUUCGAUGGCAUUACUCGCGGUUCCUACAGCUACGUUGACGCCAAGGGUGAAGUACAAACCGUCGACUACACCGCCGAUGCCGUAAACGGAUUCCGUGUAGCUGGAACCAACUUGCCAAAGGCCAUUCCAGCUCCAGAAGUAGCUUUACCAGAACCAGUUGCUGAGACACCAGAAGUUGCUGCUGCUCGUGCUGCUCACUUGGCUGCUAUCGAAGAUGCUCAAUCCGGAAAGGUAGAAAUCGCUACCCCGGUUCCAGUGCCAAAUGUUGAACUCCCACGACCAGUUGAAGAUACUCCAGAAGUAAUUGCCGCUCGUGAAGCUCAUUUGGCCGCCAAGAAGGAAGCUGAACUUCGUAACUCAAUUGCUGAAGAGAUUGACUCACGUCCGGUCAUCCAGACUGCACCAGUUGUUGCUACCUCAGCUAUUUCAGCUCCAGUUGUUGCUGCCCCAUUGGCUACUAGUGUCGUUGUUCCAAGUGUACGAUAUGCCUAUGGAAUUCAUGGAAUUCCAGCACCCUUGACCUAUUCAACUAACUUCUUGUCCUACCCGAUUGUCCAUUAAGUAAUUACAGUAAAAACAAAAGUAAAAUUUAGUAUGCCAAAAUGUUGACCAGAAAUAUAUAUCGUUCAAAAAAAAA